CCCCCCCCCCCCCCCCCCCCCCCCCCCCCCCCCCCCCCCCCCCCCCCCCCCCCCCCCCCCCCCCCCCCCCCCUCCCCCCCCCCCCCCCCCCCCCCCCCCCCCCCCCCCCCCCCCCCCCCCCCCCCCCCCCCCCCCCCCCCCCCCCCCCCCCCCCCCCCCCCCCCCCCCCCCCCCCCCCCCCCCCCCCCCCCCCCCCCCCCCCCCCCCCCCCCCCCCCCCCCCCCCCCCCCCCCCCCCCCCCCCCCCCCUCCCCCCCCCCCCCCCCCCCCCCCCCCCCCCCCCCCCCCCCCCCCCCCCCCCCCCCCCCCCCCCCCCCCCCCCCCCCCCCCCCCCCCCCCCCCCCCCCCCCCCCCCCCCCCCCCCCCCCCCCCCCCCCCCCCCCCCCCCCCCCCCCCCCCCCCCCCCCCCCCCCCCCCCCCCCCCCCCCCCCCCCCCCCCCCCCCCCCCCCCCCCCCCCCCCCCCCCCCCCCCCCCCCCCCCCCCCCCCCCCCCCCCCCCCCCCCCCCCCCCCCCCCCCCCCCCCCCCCCCCCCCCCCCCCCCCCCCCCCCCCCCCCCCCCCCCCCCCCCCCCCCCCCCCCCCCCCCCCCCCCCCCCCCCCCCCCCCCCCCCCCCCCCCCCCCCCCCCCCCUCCCCCCCCCCCCCCCCCCCCCCCCCCCCCCCCCCCCCCCCCCCCCCCCCCCCCCCCCCCCCCCCCCCCCCCCCCCCCCCCCCCCCCCCCCCCCCCCCCCCCCCCCCCCCCCCCCCCCCCCCCCCCCCCCCCCCCCCCCCCCCCCCCCCCCCCCCCCCCCCCCCCCCCCCCCCCCUCCCCCCCCCCCCCCCCCCCCCCCCCCCCCCCCCCCCCCCCCCCCCCCCCCCCCCCCCCCCCCCCCCCCCCCCCCCCCCCCCCCCCCCCCCCCCCCCCCCCCCCCCCCCCCCCCCCCCCCCCCCCCCCCCCCCCCCCCCCCCCCCCCCCCCCCCCCCCCCCCCCCCCCCCCCCCCCCCCCCCCCCCCCCCCCCCCCCCCCCCCCCCCCCCCCCCCCCCCCCCCCCCCCCCCCCCCCCCCCCCCCCCCCCCCCCCCCCCCCCCCCCCCCCCCCCCCCCCCCCCCCCCCCCCCCCCCCCCCCCCCCCCCCCCCCCCCCCCCCCCCCCCCCCCCCCCCCCCCCCCCCCCCCCCCCCCCCCCCCCCCCCCCCCCCCCCCCCCCCCCCCCCCCCCCCCCCCCCCCCCCCCCCCCCCCCCCCCCCCCCCCCCCCCCCCCCCCCCCCCCCCCCCCCCCCCCCCCCCCCCCCCCCCCCCCCCCCCCCCCCCCCCCCCCCCCCCCCCCCCCCCCCCCCCCCCCCCCCCCCCCCCCCCCCCCCCCCCCCCCCCCCCCCCCCCCCCCCCCCCCCCCCCCCCCCCCCCCCCCCCCCCCCCCCCCCCCCCCCCCCCCCCCCCCCCCCCCCCCCCCCCCCCCCCCCCCCCCCCCCCCCCCCCCCCCCCCCCCCCCCCCCCCCCCCCCCCCCCCCCCCCCCCCCCCCCGCGCCGAUCCGCGACCUGGUUUGCCGUGGCCCCAGCGAUACUUGCAGACAAGUUUACAUUCCCCUAACUCCUCAGCAGCGAGACUUUCACCCCUCCCACCUUGUCACCUGCUGA